UUCUGCACGAGGAGGCUUCUUCUCUGGCGCGUAUCCGUGUUCGCGAAGCUCUUUUUCUUCGCGGAUCGUCUGCAUUCUAUGCGUGUCGUUUGGAAGCGAGCAAACGCACACACAUGUAGAGGGCGUCGGUCGGGCUGGCGCCGCUCUUUUUUCGGCGGUGGGCAAGCGGCUUCCCCCGACCGUCCCCUCUCCUUGCUCUUACUUCCAUCAUUAGGCAAAUAUUGUACCGACGCUUCUGCCUCCUCUCGUCGCUGCCGGAGGUCGGAAAGCGAGGUGGCAGCGCGAGCGUCGAGGCACGCCAUAGUGUGUGACACGGACGUGUACCGUCGACAUCGCAGCCGCCGCGUUAGGUCAGCGUUGCACGACGAGAUCACUGCCAGCCACAUUCGCAGACACCGCACACGGUCUCCGUUCGGCUACCGUGAAGGAGUGACUGCUAUCCGCGCCGCCGCUGCUUCUGCUACUGCGCCGCCGUAGACAUGGCGGCCGAACAGGGCCGGCGGCAGCGGAAGAUGACAUGCGAAGACGACAGGUCCGUCGGAAUGAAUGCCAGCCGGAACUCCCUGAUGUCACUUAUGGUCGUGGUUACUCAACUGCUUGCCCUCCCGCCUGAAACAGUAGCAAAAAAUCCGUUCGGCCCUGCGUUGAAGGCAUUCAACCACAGCGUAGACGUUCAAAAAAUUCGCGACGUCACUUGGGAGAGGUACCUUCUGCUUUUGUCCACGCCCCAGGUUCCAGAGCGGUACAUUCCAGACCUUCCUCAAGCUUGGCUCCUGGCCUUCCAGAAAUGGGGUGACUCGGUGCGGAAGUACUCCGUGCGGAACUGCGGCUCACGCUACGACGCGGUGCAGUACGAAGAGCUGCGUCUCAGGCCGGAUCCACUCAGCUUUCCAGGCUCCGUCUUUGUCACCUCGGCGAUCAAGGUCUCCAGGAACGUCACGGCGCCCAUCAAGGUGAACAUCAUUAUGAAGAAGAAGGUCUACUUGUGGGUCACAGUUCCCUGCGUCAAUGAUUUUGGUUCAUGCGACUACGACGACAUUUGCGAUGUACAGGACUGCCCUCUGUUCUACGAUUUCUUGGGGCUGCCUUGUGGAUGUCCUAUAAAAGAGGGUGAUUAUUCUGUACGAAACAAGGAGUUCGAAGUGCCAGCCCUACUGCUUCCGGAUUGGAUAACGUCGGGAGACUACCAAGUCACUGUGAAGGCCAGAAGCAGGGGCGAACCCCUUUUCUGCGUACACUUCACCUUGUCACUGAAGUGACGCUGAUCUCAAUAUGUUUUUUUGUUGCAUCGUUUUUCUCGUUUACCCCGGAGUCCACUUGUCUUGUACGCAAACGUGCUGCGACUUCAAAAAGAAGCAAAGAAGCCUACAGUGUUAAGUGCAUAAAAGAGUGUAAAUAUCAUUUUUUUUGCGUGUAUGUGAGUGAACGAAAUAAAGUGUUUUGGAGUUUGUGAGUCCUCCUUUGCCAAUUACCAUUAUCAUGCACUCUGUGGCUGCUCUGUAUUUCUUUACAGAUUCAUAUAUGACAAAGUUUCUCAAAAGAUUGUGGUGGAAGUCCCUUUGCGAGAUAUAUUUACUGUGGUUGCCUAUUUAUGAGACAAUCGCAAAAGGUUUAUGUGAAAGUGAUGAAGGUUUCAAGUGUUACGCUACCAUAUGAGGAAGAGAAAUAAAUUUUGCUGCAGAGGUUGA